AUGAAUGAGAGUGGCCUGUUCUACCGCGCAUUGCCAACGAAGACGCUAAGAAUUAGGGGAGAUGAAUGCAAGGGAGGCAUGAAGUCUAAAGACCGCAUCACAGCUUCGUUCUGCGUGAACCUCGAGGGCGACUUCGAACCAAUGCUAAUCAUCGGGAAGUCAGGCAAACCAAGAUGCUUCAGAAAUCUAUCCAAACAACACCUGCCGAUCGAAUGGGAGCACAACAAGAAAGCGUGGAUGAUGGGAGACAUUUUUGGUCGCUGGGUGGAAACUUUCAAUUCCCGAAUGAGACUUCAGGGAAGACACGUGCUGUUGUUCAUAGACAACGCACCAUCACAUCCGAAGGAGUUAGGCCUGUCAAACGUGAAAAUCAUCUUCCUGCCCGCCAACACAACAUCAAAGCUCCAGCCCCUCGACCAAGGAAUCAUCGCUGCCAUCAAGAAAAACUACAGACGUCGUCUCCUCCAGGCCGUUCUUCUUCGUAUGGAAAAGGGGAGAACAUUUCCAAACUAA